AGGGAUACUAUGUUUGGAAAAAUGUAGCUUAAAUUAGUGUACUCAUUAUCAUGGACCAAUUAUUACCAAGCCGUUAUUGAAUAAAAAAAUUGUCCCUCCUGGCUGUCCGUACUGCGGCUUGGCGAAAGCGCGAGCGGCUGUUUCUCGCUGGCUUGUUUCUCCGUCCGCGACGCGGAGAGUCGGCGGAUGCGGAGCUAAACAUGUCGGUGACUGGGGCUGGCCACAGAGGCUUCUAUUUCAACACAGUCCUGUCACUGGCACGCUCGUUCGCCGCCCACCAGCCCGCACCGGCGGAGAAGGUCCAGAAGCUACAAUGUAUGUGUCCAUUGGAGUCUCAAGGCGAGUUCUCACUUGACGUGCGCCGCAUCGACGCCGUCGUAGCGCUGGCCGUCUUUCUAGUGGAGUCUGGCUUACAGCAGCACAAAGACACACUUGUUUCCUACUUGCUGAGCCUACUGAGAGGCCUCCCACGUGUCGAAUGGAUAGAAGAAGGCUCGGGAAAGAAAGGAAAGGAGUUUCUGCCAGUUGCCGAAAACUUCAGCUUCUGCUUAGUGACUCUUUUAGCAGAUGUGGCUCAGAGGGACCUAGACUACAGGCAAGAGAUAUUGAACACCAUCAUGGAAGUCAUGCAGUCAUUGCAGGAAAUGUGCCAAACACCUGAUAAUCACGACAAAGUCUACCUGUGCAGGUACAUUGUGCCCAGCUUGUUCGGCAUGACACGAGCAUUUGGCCGUUACAGCAUCACAGACGAAGCCCUUUUGUCCAAGCUGUUCCCCAAAGACUCGCCUCAGACUCAUUGCGUCGCAGAGGAAACAGAGGGCAUACGGCGGCGAUCCUUCAAUGACUUCCGCUCCAUCAUUCCUACCUCCUUGCUGACCGUGUACCAGAGUGACACGUUGCGCCGACGCAACGCAACCAAUCCUGAAUCCUCUGCACAAGUUUCUGCAGAUGCAGGAGGUCCCUCACCCUGCUCUCCCACCACACCAGGCCCACAUUACUUUGAAGGUGCCUACCUCCCCGACAGCAGCACAGUGGAUCCUGAUUACUAUUUUUCCACAGUCAGCUCCAGUUUCUCCGUGUCUCCUCUCUUCCUGGGAGCAAGAGAAAAUGAUAUUGAGGUGCCUGUCGAUCUGCUCCGGAAGCUCCUGAGCAUGGUGAAGAUAUUUCUUUCGGAAUCUUUUCUUAAAAUCCUCGACGCCACCAUGGCUGAAGUGACCGGGUCAAACCCUGGAGUCAACCUCUAUUACAAAACCUUCAGUGACCCUCUCUAUGUGUGUGUGUUCAAAAUGCUGAGGGACACUCUAUACAACAUGAAUGCCUUGCAACCAGCUUUUGUACGGGAAGUCCAUGACUUUGUCCUGGAACAAUUUAGCAGCAGCCAAUCGGAGCUGCAGCGGAUACUUCAUGACACAGGGGGGUUGCCGGGGGAACAGAGCCCCCUCAAGCUUCGUUGCCAAGCCAACGCUGCCUGCGUGGACCUCAUGGUGUGGGCGGUCAAAGAUGAGCAAGGAGCUGAGAACUUGUGCAGCAAAUUGACCGAGAAGCUGCAGUCGAAAACCUCGAGUAAAGUCAUCAUCGCUCACAUGCCCCUUCUCAUCUGUUGCCUGCAGGGCCUGGGGCGUCUAUGUGAGAGGUUUCCUGUGGUGGCUCACUCUGCUACCACAUCACUUAGGGACUUCCUGGUAGUUCCUUCCCCUGUCAUCAUAAAACUCUACAAGUACCACAGCCAGUACAGCACAGGCACAGGAGAAAUCAGGAUCAAUGUAACGAAUGAGCACUCUCAGUCCACAGUCAACAUUUUGUCCAGCAGGAAGGACCAGCAGUCUAUGUACGAGCAGCUCCGAGACAUUUCCAUCGACAACAUCUGCAGAUGUCUGAAAGCUGGCCUGACCAUGGACAAUGUGAUCGUGGAGGCCUUUCUCGCUAGUCUGUCCAACCGCCUUUACAUUUCACAGGAGAAUGAUAAGGAUGCUCACCUCAUCCCAGAUCACACUAUUCGGACACUGGGCCACAUCGCUGUUGCUCUGAGAGACACGCCUAAAGUGAUGGAGCACAUCCUGCAGAUCUUACAACAGAAGUUCUGUCAACCUCCGUCUCAGCUGGACGUACUCAUCAUAGACCAGCUAGGCUGCAUGGUCAUUACAGGGAAUCAAUACAUCUACCAGGAAGUGUGGAACCUAUUUCAACAAAUCAGUGUGAAGGCCAGCUCAGUCGUCUACUCUGCUACUAAAGACUCCAGAGAUCACGGCUACAGACACUGCUCUCUGGCUGUGAUAAACGCUUUGGCCAACAUUGCCGCCAACCUGCAGGGGGAGCAGCUGGUGGAUGAACUCAUGGUGAACCUUUUAGAACUUUUUGUCCAACUGGGCCUGGAAGGGAAGCGAGCCAGUGAGCGGGCAUCAGAUAAAGGGCCAGCGCUUAAAGCAUCAAGUAGUGCGGGGAAUCUGGGCGUUCUCAUCCCAGUGAUUGCUGUGUUGACGAGACGACUGCCGCCCAUCAAGGAGGCGAAGCCCCGCCUCCAGAAGCUGUUUCGAGACUUCUGGUUGUACUCGGUGGUCAUGGGUUUUGCUGUGGAAGGAUCAGGUCUCUGGCCCAAAGAGUGGUAUGAGGGUGUUUGUGAGAUUGCCACCAAGUCUCCUCUCCUGACCUUCCCCAGCGGAGAGCCCCUACGCUCAGAACUGCAGUACAACUCUGCCUUGAAAAACGACACUGUCACACCGGCAGAGUUGAGCGAGCUGCGUGCGACCAUCAACAAUCUCCUGGACCCCUCCCCUGAAGCAUCCGCCCUCAUUAACAAGCUGGACUUCGCCAUGUCCACAUACCUGCUCUCAGUCUACAGAUUAGAGUAUAUGAGGAUGCUACACUCCAACGAUCCUGACCGCUUCCAGGUCAUGUUUCGCUACUUUGAAGACAAAGCGAUUCAGAAAGACAAAUCCGGAAUGAUGCAGUGUAUCAUUUGUGUCGGCGACAAGGUGUUUGAUGUCUUCCUCCAAAUGAUGGCUGACAAGCCAAAGACCAAAGAACAUGAGGAGGAACUGGAGUGUCAUGCCCAAUUCUUGUUAAUUAACUUCAACCACACCCACAAGAGGAUCCGCAGGGUGGCAGAUAAAUAUCUUUCUGGUUUGGCUGAGUCAUUCCCACAUCUGCUUUGGAAUGGCCGUGUGCUGAAGACCAUGUUAGACAUUUUGCAGACCCUCUCGCUCUCUCUAAGUGCAGACAUCCACAAGGACCAGCCGUAUUAUGACAUUCCAGAUACCCCGUACAGCAUCACUGUACCUGACACGUAUGAAGCCAGAGAGAGCAUAGUGAAAGACUUUGCUGCUCGCUGUGGUGAGAUCCUGAAAGAAGCAAUGAAAUGGGCUCCUUCAGUCACAAAGUCCCACCUGCAGGAGUACUUGAACAAGUAUCAGAACUGGGUGUCGGGUCUGUACCAGCACACCGGCCUGGCCAUGGCCACAGAGAGCAUCCUGCACUUUGCAGGCUACAACAGGCAGAGUACCACACUGGGUGCUGCGUUCCCUCAGACCACCCAGCUGACAGAAAGACCAGCAUGUGUGAAAAGAGAUUACUCCAACUUCAUGGCGUCUCUCAACCUGCGCAACCGAUACACUGGAGAGGUGGCCGGUAUGAUCCAGUUUUCAGAGGCAACGCACAGUCAGUCAGACCUGAACAAGUUGAUGAUUGAGCAGAUGAUGACUGCUCUAGACAGCCAAGAUCCAGAGGCUUUCACCCAGGCCAUGUUCAAGAUGGCAGCCUUGCUUAUAAUCACCAGAAACUGCAACCCUCAGUUACUGCACCAUUUGUGCUGGUCGCCCCUGAAAAUGUUCACCGAGCACGGCAUGGAAACGGCCAUCGCGUGUUGGGAGUGGCUGCUGGCUGCGCACAAUGGGGUUGAAGUACCAUUCAUGCGUGAGAUGGCAGGCGCUUGGCAGAUGACGGUGGAGCUGAAAAAGGGUUUGUUCUCCGUCACCAAGGAGGAGGCGGGCCCUCUGGCUGUCUCAGAAGAGAGCCAGCCUGCACCCUGCGCACCCGACGUCAUACCUCACUUCCUGUGGAUAGAGUUUCUGGUGCAGAGGUUCGAAAUAGCCAAGUACAGCAGCUCGGACCAGGUGGAGAUUUUCACCACCAUCCUGCAGAGGUCGCUGUCUCUGAGCGUGGGAGGAGCCAAAAGCAACUUGAACACCCACGUGGCCGCCAUCGGACCAAGAUUUAGACUGCUCACUCUGGGUUUAACUCUUCUGCAUGCCGACGUGGUGACGAACGCCACCAUCAAAAAUGUACUGCGAGAGAAGAUCUAUUCCACAGCGUUUGACUACUUCAGCGUCAAUCCCAAAUUUCCCACUCAGGCUGACCAGAGGUUGAGAGAAGACAUUAGCAUCAUGAUCAAGUUUUACACUUGCCUGCAGUCAGACAAAAAGUAUCUGGCUGCCAACCAGCUGGUUCCCCCAGAUCCACAAGACAUGUCGGUGAACAGCUUGUCAGUGAUGGCGGACAGCCGCAGUAACCUGGAUGCGGCGAUGGGUCAGAGGCAGCAGGUGGCUCAGGGUUGGAUUAACACCUACCCUCUGUCCUCUGGAAUGUCCACCAUAUCCAAGAAAUCAGGUCUCUCCAAAAAAAGCAACAGAGGCUCUCAACUGCACAAGUACUACAUGAAACGUCGUACCCUUUUACUGGCUUUACUGGCCAGCGAGAUCGAGCGGCUGACGACGUGGUACAACCCCUUGUCCACUCAAGAGCUCGCCAUCGCCACAGAGCAGUCUGUGGAGACCAGCAUCGCCAACUGGAGGUCCAAAUACAUCAGCUUGACGGAGAAACAGUGGAAGGACAAUGUCAAUCUGGCGUGGAGCAUCACGCCAUACCUGGCACUGCAGCUGCCCGCUAGGUUUAAACACACUGAAGCGAUCGUGUCUGAGGUGACACGUCUGGUGCGUCUGGAUCCGGCUGCCGUGUGUGACGUCCCUGAAGCGGUCAAGUUUCUGGUGACGUGGCACACAAUCGACGCCGACUCUCCCGAGCUGAGUCACAUCCUGUGCUGGGCGCCCGCAGAUCCACCAACGGGACUGUCCUACUUCUCGUCCAUGUACCCUCCUCACCCCCUCACGGCGCAAUACGGGGUCAAAGUGCUCCGCUCUUUCCCUCCUGAUGCCAUCUUGUUUUACAUUCCUCAAAUUGUCCAAGCGCUUCGAUACGACAAGAUGGGCUACGUGAGGGAAUACAUCCUGUGGGCCGCUCAGAAGUCGCAGCUCCUCGCCCACCAAUUCAUCUGGAACAUGAAGACCAACAUCUAUCUGGAUGAGGAAGCUCACCAGAAAGACCCCGACAUUGGCGAGCUGUUGGAGCAAAUGGUGGAGGAGAUCACUGGCUCCUUGUCUGGACCUGCCAAGGACUUCUACCAGCGAGAGUUUGACUUCUUCAACAAGAUCACCAACGUGUCGGCCACUAUCAAACCUUUUCCAAAAGGGGAGGAGCGGAAAAAGGCCUGCCUGGACGCACUCUCCCAAAUCAAAGUCCAGCCUGGCUGCUAUCUACCCAGCAACCCCGAGGCCAUCGUGUUUGAUAUAGACUACAAAUCUGGGACCCCGAUGCAAAGUGCUGCCAAAGCUCCUUACCUGGCCAAGUUCAAAGUGAAGAGGUGUGGAGUCAGCGAGCUAGAAAAAGAAGGUCUGCGGUGUUGCUCCGACUCUGCGGAGGAUGAAAAAAGCGAAGAGGAAGCCAAGAAAAUCUGCUGGCAGGCGGCCAUCUUUAAAGUGGGCGACGACUGCAGACAAGACAUGCUGGCGCUUCAGAUCAUCAGCCUGUUCAAGAACAUCUUCCAACUGGUGGGCUUGGACCUCUACGUGUUCCCUUACAGGGUGGUGGCCACGGCUCCAGGAUGCGGCGUGAUCGAGUGCAUUCCAGACUGCAAGUCCCGGGAUCAGCUCGGCCGCCAGACGGACUUUGGGAUGUACGAUUAUUUCCGCAACCAGUACGGCGAUGAAUCUACGCUGGCAUUCCAGAAGGCGAGGUACAACUUCAUUCGCAGCAUGGCGGCGUACAGCCUGCUGCUCUUCCUGCUGCAGAUUAAAGACCGGCACAACGGCAACAUCAUGCUGGACAGCCAGGGACACCUCAUCCACAUCGACUUCGGCUUCAUGUUCGAAAGCUCCCCCGGCGGCAACCUGGGCUGGGAGCCCGACAUCAAGCUGACGGACGAGAUGGUGAUGAUCAUGGGCGGCAAGAUGGAGGCCACGCCCUUCAAGUGGUUCAUGGAGAUGUGCGUGAGGGGCUACCUGGCAGUCAGACCCUACAUGGACGGGGUGGUCUCCUUGGUGAACCUCAUGUUGGACACGGGGCUCCCCUGUUUCAGAGGGCAAACCAUCAAGCUGCUCAAGCAGCGCUUCAACCCGGGCUUAAGUGAGAAAGAAGCAGCUGCCUUCAUUAUUAAAGUCAUCCAGAACUGCUUCCUGAGCAGCCGGAGUCGAACCUACGACAUGAUCCAGUAUUACCAAAACCAGAUCCCAUACUAAACGCUUGUGCCUGAGCAUGUGCACCCAUGUGUAUGUGUGCGUGCCUUUUAAUAUUGUUCUACAUUAAUUUCUGUGGCUCGUGGAUGUUGUCUUGCCUUUUUAUUGUCAUUUAGUUCUCCACUUAAUUUAUUUCCCUUCUGAGCUACGUGUCGUCGUUAUUGAGAAAUGAAUAUCCUGUUGCACUUGUCGCAUCUUGACUUGUGUGCACUUAAAUCUGUUAGUUUGCAUGUUCACGUGAUAUUUUGUGCCAAUUUGAAAUGAUUGUUGAUGAAAAUGCGACGUAAACUUCAGUUGCAGUCAGACCAACGUGGCCUAUUCUGGCGUCUCGUACUUGAUGGUAAUGCUGUGCUCGCCUUUUUCACGGACCAAUCGGAUGAUGGGUACUCGUCUCGUUUGUAGCACUGUCAACGUGGGUCACGGUUGCCGUGGUGAGGAUGCACAAAAUGACUGGGGUAUGUAUAAGUUCCAAAGGGGAGGGUUGCUAUUCCACGUAAAUGAAAUGUUAUUGUUCGUUUGGAUGAAGGUGACAGUUUGAAUGAAAAGGUCCUGUUGGGGUCCACUUGCCAUGAAGCUAUUUGGGGGCUUUGGUGAAUGUUUUUCACAUGAGUCAAAUUUGGUGUUAGUUGUAACAUCACUGAUUGUAACGAUUCCGCCUCUCUUUGUACAUUUAUAGCCGUGACCCAUUCUCUGUCUCCUUUUUUUAAAUAUAUUUAUGCCUUUUGAAUCAGAAUGCACAGGAUGCCAAAUCAAAUAAAGAUUGUAUUAAUUUAAAGAAACA